GAGCCCCCCAGACCCGAACCCUCAGGAUCACCGAGUAUUUCGGGUUCGCGUUCAUCAAAACACGUAUCUCAAUGGAGCGUUCAAGAUGUGGUGGAUUUUAUAAGAACAACUGACUUUUUUGAGUUUGCCGACGAGUUUCAGAGACAGGUAAUAGUGAGGUUUUAUUACUAUUGUUAAUAAGAUGGCAAGUUGUCUCUUUUUCUGGGGGAUUCAUUCAAGUCUGAGGUCGAUUUUUGUGUUAAAAUAUCGAGGUCAACAUUUAUUGACUGUAUGUUACAUGAUUAGUGCCUUUUAGUCCCCAAUAUUUUGUAAAUAAUUCUGAGAUGGUAGAAUUUAUCUUCCUACAUGAAAUUUAUCGGGAGGAGGUCGAAGAGUGUAAAGGGAGGAAGUAUAGAAUAUUGGGAUCAAUAUCAGUAUCUGGGCAACUGCCCACCUACCCCUCCCCUAACCCAACAACAGUCAAUUGAUAACAAGUCAGGGUGAAUGUUGGGUUAGGGGAGGGGUAGGUGGGUAGUUUCCCAGAUACUGAUAUUGAUCCGAAUAUUGACUGCGAAUUUACUCCUAAUGAGAAGGUAUCAUAAGAAUACUUCAGAGCUUUUUUUUUUUUUUUUUUUUGGGGGGGGGGGGUCAGGUAAAUUUUAUUGGUACACAACGUAAAUUCUCCCGCCCCUCCCUCCCCCCCUCUCCCCUUCCUCACGCUGUAAAUAAAGACAAGUCCUUGAGUAGAAGUUACAUGUUGAUAAAAACUUCAGGGAGUAUAUAGGUGAGCAAAAUUAUUUUUCUUUAUCCACAUCGCAGGAAAUUGACGGUCGAACUUUAACGUUACUAUCCUUAGACGAGAUUCACAAGUGUCUUGGAGUAACUCUUGGACCCGCCAUUAAACUUCACUUUACUGUACAAAAACUGAAAAAGAAAUCUCGU